AUGAAUGGGGAAGCUACGCAGAAGCGGCACGCGCGUUCAUUCUGGCAGAAGUUUCCAGAGAAGGAGGAGCUAAAUCAGUACUGGUACUCGGCAGAUACGGUCGCUACACUUGCCAAGGAAGCCAUCGUAGAGACACCGGAAAGUGGCGGUCGUAUCGCUUUCCUAUCGACUCCAAGUGUCUACUUUGCCGUUCAAACACAGCAGAAUGACGACUUAAGCCAAAGAGAGUGCUUUCUGUUUGAUUUCGACCCCAAAUUUGCAUCUGAGGGUGAACAUUUCGUUCCCUUCGACUUCAACAAACCCGAUGAUAUACCGUCGGAACUAGUCGGCACCUUCGAUUUCGUCCUAGUCGAUCCUCCUUUUAUCACCCGUGAGGUGUGGGAGCUCUAUGCAAAAACCGCUAAGUUACUACUGCGUUCGAAGGACAGUAAAAUCCUUCUCACUACCAUAGAGAACGCCGCAAUGAUACAAGAGUUACUCGGUUGCAGAUCGAGAACAUUCAAGCCGUCUAUUCCUCACUUGGUUUAUCAAUACGCUCUCUUUACCAACUAUGAAUCACCUGCACUCGACGCCUUAAACCCCGAAGUCAAUUUCGAUUAG